AUGGAAUCAAUGAACUGGUGGGAGGCGGCUCCGACCUCCGCUCCCUCCCUCCCUUCUUCCUCCACGACCCCAACACUGUCCAUAGCUCCAAUCACCCUAUGGUCCGACUCCAACCUCUUCUCUCACCUCCUGAACGCCUGCUGCCUACUCCCUUCGCCGUGCUCCCUCCGCCUAGGCCAUCAGCUCCACGCAAUCAUAGCCAUCGUCGGCGCUGCUUUCCACCGCUUCACUGGAAACCACCUUUUCCACAUGUACCUCAAACUUGGCCGAGUCCCCGCCGCCCGCGCCGUGUUUGACGCAAUGGCGUGUCGAAAUGUGAUGUCCUUCAACAUCCUCAUCGGCGGCCUCAUCCACAACGGGGACAUCAACGCUGCCCACAAGCUGUUCGAUGAAAUGCCAGAGAGGAACCUCGCUACCUGGAACGCCAUGAUUGCUGGGCUGGCUCACUUCGAGCUCGACGAGGAGGGACUCGAGUGCUUCCUGAGGUCGAGGAGGGAGGGCCUGCAUCCCGAUGAGUUUGGUUUGGGGAGCACCUUGCGAUGCUGCGCCGGAUUGAAGGAUGCAGGUUGUGGUCACCAAAUCCAUGCCUUCGUGGUUAUCAAUGGGUUUGAGCAGGACAUGUGUGUUGGGAGCUCUCUAGCUCACAUGUACAUGAGAAGUGGUCAUCUUGAAGAAGGAGAAAGGGUUCUGAGAGGAUUGCCUUUCCUCAAUGUGGUCUCUUGCCAUACUGUGAUUGCAGGAAGAGCACAAAAUGGGGACCCUGAAGGGGCCUUCCGACAUUUCAUCCUCAUGAAGAAUGUCGGAUUGUUGCCAGAUUUCUUUAAUGGAGAAGUUAAUAUACAAUCUUUGACACCGAAAGCGAAGAUUGGAGGGGAGUUGAUGGACUACAUCAUCGUACUUCAUGGUUCCAAAGCAGUUAAGACAUUUUGCAGCCGAAUGCAUUUUUCUCUAGGUGCUGGUCUUAGUGUUGCAGCAGGGCCUAUUGGUAGAGUCUUGGAAGAAGAUCUAACAGCUGGAGAUAAAGGGUACGAACUGCUAGUGAACAUUGAAGAUAUCACAGCUUUUUAUGAGUUGGAGUCAAUAUCUGCUAAUUGUCUAGUUGCUUACAUGUGA